AUGGCUCUCCUCCGCCUUCUGGCGCUUUCCCUUUUCCUGGCCUCCACGUCUGCCAACUCCGACGCGCGUGGAAAACACGGGGCCGUCGUCAGCGAGGUCAAAGAAUGCUCUGACCAUGGUGUCGAGAUUCUCAAAAUUGGGGGGAGUGCCGCGGACGCGAUCAUCGCUACGGGUCUCUGUGUCGGCGUUAUCGGCGCGUUUCACUCAGGAAUCGGGGGAGGAGGGUUCAUGAUUGUGCGUUCCCAAAAUGGACGCAGAACUGCCUACGAAACGAUCGACUUUAGGGAGGAAAUGCCAGCUCUCGGCAAUGUCACCAUGUACUCGCAAAACUCGAACCCCACUGCUUCGACCAUUGGUGGUCUUUCGGUUGGUAUUCCUGGAGAGCUGCGAGGUUGGCAAUUGCUUCACCAGCGACAUGGCAAACUCCCAUGGCCUGUGCUCUUCAUCCCUGCUAUCAAAGUCGCACGCGGCGGGUUCAAGGUCAAUGUCGAUUUGGCUGCAGCACUCAACCCAACGACUUAUCCUUUCUUGCUCAGUGACCCAUUAUGGGCUGAAGUCUACGCACCAAACGGCAAAGUUGCUACCUUUAACCAGACAAUCUACCGGAAGCGAUACGCCAAAACCCUUGAGACGAUCGCAGCACUGGGUGCCGAUGCGUUUUACCGUGGACCCAUUGCGGAAAACACCAGCAAAGCGGCUCGUAAGACCGGUGGAAUUCUGACAACGCAAGAUCUCGCCAAAUACAAAGCGAUCCUGCGCCAGCCAAGAAACAUCACCUAUCGCGGCCGCUACCGCAUCUUCUCGACUGUUGCCCCAUCGUCUGGCACUGUCGUCCUCUCUGCCCUCAAAAUAUUUGACGCUUAUGCCAAAGACAUCGAAACUGACCAGACGACCCAUGCGCUAAUUCAGAGCACCAAGUUUGGUUACGGUCAACGCACGACGUUCGGUGAUCCGGCGUUCACCAAGAACGUGACCCAGUUGGAGGGAUUGUAUCUCCAGGACUCUACGGUUGCGUCCAUCCGCGCCCGAUUGCCUCUCAACACGACUUUCACGGCCCCAUACUACAUCCCGUCGAACUACUCUGUUCUUGAUGACCAUGGAACGAGCCACAUGGCUGCGGUGGACAAGUGGGGGAAUGCAGUUUCGUUGACCAGCACCGUCAACCUCUACUGGGGCAGUCGGGUGAUGACUGAAGACGGAUUCGUGCUAAACGAUGAGAUGGACGACUUUUCGUCUCCCAACUCGACCAACUCGUUUGGGUUCCCGGCCUCACCAAUCAAUUUUAUUGCACCUUUUAAGCGACCACAGUCGUCUAUAUCGUCGUCCAUCGCCGAGGACCUGAAGACAGGCGAGUUUAUAAUGGCGACUGGCUCUGCAGGCGGUUCACGCAUCAUCACUGCAACUCUCCAAAACUUGCACCACCAUCUUGAUCUUGGUUUGACUGCAGUUCAGUCAGCGUUCACACCACGCUGGCACGACCAAUUGGGUGUCUCGACGCUUUUCGAAGGUUAUGGCACUGUCAAUGCCGCGGCAGGUGCUGCACUGGGAAUCGCGCCGUUCUCCAACGCGACAAUCGGGUACCUUGUUGGACUGGGGUACAACGUUUCGACGCAGGACUACACUGGGAGCACCAGUCACGUUAUCGUCAAAAAAGACUCGACAUUCGAGGCGUCCAACGACCCGCGCAAGUCUGCGGGCGGGGGAAGUGCGUAUUAG